UAUGAAUUCAAAACCAAAUAUUGUAAUUAUUAUGGCUGAUGAUAUGGGCUUCGAUGACAUCAGUUUCCGUGGCUCAAAUGAAUUCCUCACACCGAACAUUGAUGCCUUGGCUUAUAGUGGUGUCAUUCUCAAUAAUCUCUAUACACCAUCAAUGUGUACGCCCUCCAGAGCUGCUCUGCUAACCGGUAAAUAUCCCCUAAAUACCGGAAUGCAACAUUAUGUUCUGGUCAACGAUCAACCCUGGGGUUUACCCACCAAUGAGACCACAAUGGCGGAGAUUUUCCAACAAAAUGGUUACUACACCUCCCUGAUAGGCAAAUGGCAUUUGGGUAUGUCCCGCAAGGCCUACACUCCGACAUUUAGGGGUUUCGAUCAGCAUUAUGGUUAUUUGGGGGCCUAUGUCGGCUACUAUGAUCAGACAUUGGAUCAGGGGAAUGCCAACUAUUCCAGGGGCCAUGAUUUCCGUGACAAUUUGAAACCGGUAUGCGAUCGCAAUGGUACCUAUGUCACUGAUCUCCUUACAGAGGCUGCCAUACGCCGCAUCCUCGAACAUAAUUAUCAAAAGAAACCAUUGUUUAUGUUGCUAAGUCAUUUGGCUCCGCAUUCGGGAAAUGAUGAAGACCCUCUCCAAGCUCCUGAAUCGGAAAUUGCGAAAUUCGCAUAUAUUAAAGAUGAACGAAGGCGGAAAUAUGCCGCCAUGGUAUCGAAAAUGGAUGAAAGUGUGGGCCAGGUGGUGGAAGCCUUGAGUCAUCGGGGUAUUCUGAACAAUACCAUAUUGUUGUUUUUGUCCGACAAUGGUGGCCCGACACAGGGUAUGCAUUCGACAACGGCGUCGAAUUAUCCGCUGAGGGGGCAAAAACAUUCCCCCUGGGAGGGUGGCCUACGCUCCUCGGCCGCCAUUUGGUCUACUCAGCUGGAAAAACUUGGCACCAUUUGGAAGCAGAAAAUCUACAUUGGUGACUUCCUACCCACCUUGGCGUCGGCAGCAAAUAUCCAUCUCGAUCUGGAGGCCCUUAAAAUUGAUGGCCUCAAUUUGUGGCCAUCCCUAAAGUACGGCUAUGAGUCCGUCGAACGUGAAAUAAUGCACAACAUUGAUGACAUUUUCAAUUAUGAAGUCUAUGCCAAGGGUAAAUGGAAGUACAUAAAUGGUACCACCCUGGAAGGUCGCUUUGACACAUGGCUAUCCCAGCGUCCCAAUGAUAGCUCACAAAUUGAUCCCAGAUUUGAGCACUACGAGGAGUUGGUCAAGCAAUCCCCCGUUUGGAAACAUUUGCAUGCCAUUACCGGCGAUAAACCCAUACAGCUGUUGGAGCAUCGCGAACAUGCCACGGUUAGGUGUCAAUAUGAGGAUGCCACCCAGGGUGUGGCCUGUAACCCCUUGGAGUCUCCCUGCCUUUUCGAUUUGGAUGUCGACCCGUGCGAACAAAAUAAUCUCUAUGAGAAAAUGAAAAAUUCCACAAUCUUUGCGAAUAUUCUGGAACGUAUUGCAUACUUUAGGGAGCAUGCCCACGCGAUCAAUAAUAAACCAGCUGAUUAUCGUUGUAAUCCGGCAGAUUUCAAUUAUGAAUGGACCUGGUGGGAGGACGUUUUAGAGGGUAAUGGUGGGACGAGAGUGGAAUUUAAUUUGCAGUUACUGGGACUGGCAGGAUUCCUAAUAGUCUUGAGGCAAUUUUUUGUUUAA